UCAGUUCUGCCAACAUCACAGCCGCCAUUAUCCGCGGAAGCAGCGUAGCUUGGUAAAAAAUGCAUUUUUCAUAAAGAAAUACUGAGAAUUUUGCUGAAAUUCCGAGUGAAAUUUGUGUAUUGUAGUGUAGAGAGGGAAAUUGUGGUGAAAAUUUCAAUCUAUCGAGUAUACUUUGUUGUGAAAAGUUGAGAAAACAAUUGUGUGUCUGCUGGGGGAGCGCCAUAGCACGAUUGUCACUUUUUUCUCGUGGAAUUUUUCCUGCAAAUUUUACGCCAAUUUUCUCAAUAUUGUUCAAUGCAAUUAUUAUCUGUUAGAGCUUGAAGAGAGAUAAUGGAAAAACCAGAGGGUGAAGCAGAACCUGUUCCACAAGAGCCAGAACCAAUCAACAAUGUUGACGGGAAGCACAAUGAUGAGCCUCAUGAGGACGAUGGUUUGCCGGAAAGAGAGGAAAAGGCAAAUAAUGAGGAAUCUAGGGUGGAAGAGGAAGUGUUUCCUGCCAAAAGUGAUGCUGUGGAAUCUGUGGAGAGUGCAGUUGGUGAGAGUGAGACCUCCCAGACAUUUCCGGCAGAGCCAGAGCCGCCAAAUGACGUCGAGAUGAAGAAUGUGAGUGAAGAGGCUCAGGAAACGGACGUCCAAGAAGCAGAGGUUCAAGAAACAGAUGUCCAAGAGACAGAUGUCCAAGAGACAGAUGUCCAAGACACGGAUGCCCAAGAAACGGAUGCCCAAGAAACAGAUGUCCAGGAGUCUGAGGAAGUCAAUGUGGACGAAGGAGUGCCUCAGACAGAAGAGGAAAAAGCUGAGCAAUUGAGGCAACUGUCGGAACCUGAUCCAUUCGCAUCGGCUGAACCGGAAGAAGAGCCCAUGGAUACCACAGAUAACGUAAGCGUAGACGGUGCAAGCCAGUCUCCUGGCCCUCAGGAAGAAGAAAUGGAGGAAGAUGUGAGCAAAAAUGAUGAGGAUACGACGGAAGGUGUCCAAGAAGACAAACAAGAAGAGGAACCAGAAGAAAAUCCUGAUAAAUCCCAGGAAGAAGAGCAAACAGAAGAGAUUCCAGCUGAAAGCCAGGCAGCCGAGGAGCCAAACAAUCAACAGGAUGACUCAAUGGAGGAAACACGAGAGCCAGAACAGGACCAGAGCAAUGAUCUUUUCGAUUCCCUGAGGAAUGACAGUCAAAAUGACAUCAGGAAAUCACCUCAACGAAAUCUUCCGGAAAGUGUCCAAGCCCUUGACUCAGACGACGACGACGAUCACCACGCUGCUGAUGUAACAGCUCCAGAAGAGCCAGAGGAAGACGUCCAGGAGCAGCCAGAGGACAGACAAGACGACGUUCAAACUGAAAAUCCUCCUGAAGAAAUCCCCGAAGAAGCAGAACGAAGAGAAGACGUUGGAGCAGAUGAUGACGUCUGCCUAAUCCCUGACGAAGAACGUGAGAUCUCAGAAGCAGAACGGGAAGCUCUCCUGGCCCAGGAAGCUGCAGAGAAAGACAAAGACACUCGAGCUGACGAUUCCGAGGUGCAUAGUGAGCAGCGUCAAGAGGACACCACAAUGGAAGGACCGUCGGAAGUGGGACACGAUGAGAAUGACGUGUCUCAUGAUACUUCCGCCCAGCAGGAUGUGAGCAUGGAGACUCAGGAUAGCAUCAUCCUGGCUCCCAAUGAGAUCCGGGAAGAGACUCAGGCCACAAAGGAGCCCGUGGAGUGCAUGCAAUGCAGAAAGGUCGUCAAUUGCGUCUUCACGGUCCUUCAGGAGGGCGAAGUGAAAAAUCUGUGCAGCAUGGAGUGCACGGAGGCCUUCAGGAGGAGCAAUUCCGGAAUGGAAUACACACUGAGCCUCCAGAAACUCUCCAUUUACAUCAUUCUGGAGACAGGAAAGUGCUGUGUCCAAUGCAGCACCAUCAAACUCUGCAAAUACCGCUUUAGGAAAACAGCUAAUGCUGAAUAUAGCUACUUGUGUGACCAACCAUGUCUCAAUAAUUACAUUCAGUUGCAAACGCAGCAAAAGUGCGUGGUUAUCAGGAGGAAGUAUCUGAUUGAAGAUGUUGCUGGGGGAGCAGCUGAAGAGGAGAUGCGAAAGUGCUAUCAGUGCACUGAUGAUAAAAUUUGUAAAUUUGUCUUUCGCCAAGAUGAAGAUGAGUUCUUCCUCUGUCAGGAGGAUUGUGUAAAUUUGCUGCUUCUGGAGCAGCCAGAUCGCUUCCGGCUGAAGAGGCGCACUGUCAGGGUUAGGGAUUUGCCCAAAGAGAGUGGUGGGUCAGCUACGGUGAUCACAAAUACUUCAAGUGGAAGUGGAGUGAGUGAUUUGGAGACAUUUGGUCCGGAUUCAUCGCAAUUGGUGGCCAGGACACCGGAAGAGGUGGAACAGGCUCGAAUUGAGCGUGAACAGAGCUUCUUGAGGGUUUGUGUUCAGUGUUUCAAUCAAAUAACGCCAAAUGAGAAAAAUAUAAUUUGGGAGACGAUGGACUACUGCAAUGAGACUUGCCUGCAGAGCUAUCAAACGAUGAUGCUGGCAACGUGCAGUUUGUGUGGUUUGAGUACACCAGCCACGAGCAUUGGGAAGUACUGUGUGAGAUUUGGCUAUCAGAUACGCCAAUUCUGUCAGACUUCGUGUCUGGCGGUGUUCAAGAAAGGUCUCAAAAUGUGCUCAUUCUGCCAUGAGAAUAUGGUGGAUAAAACGGGCAUUUUGGCAGCAAUUGGUCCGACACAAUUCAAGGAUUUCUGCUCGAAUGAGUGCAAAGAUGGCUUCUUAACGGUUGUCAUGGGCAAGAAACGCCACACAGUGGCUGACUGCGGAGUUUGUCGGAAUAAGAAACCCGUGCGGAAGGAAGUCAUAAUGGAUGGAGUGACAUUUAAACUGUGCUGCAAUGCAUGCUUUUCAGCUUUUAGUUUUGUGAAUAACCUAACGGCUGAUCAGUGCAAACUCUGCAACAAAUACUUUGAACGCAAAGGCAAUUCAUCAUUUACAAUCUACGAAGAUAUGAUGCCAAAUAUCUUCUGCUCCAAAAUCUGCUUCAAUCUCUACAUCGUGCAGAAUCGUAAGAUUGUCCCGUGUGCAUGGUGCAAGGUGAAAAAAUACAAUUUUGACAUGCUUAAACGCGGAGCCGGGGGCAAAACUAGCCUCUUUUGUUCGACAUCGUGCCUGGCGAUGUACGACAUGCCCAAGAUCACUCUGCCGAGUCAGAAGGGACUCUGUGACAAUUGUGGAUCGAAGAAUCCAUCGCAGUACCAUCUGACAAUGUCAGAUGGCUCUAUGAGGAAUUUCUGCACGUAUCAGUGUGUCAUGGCGUUCCAGAGUCAAUUCGGCAAGAGGCCAUUGACCCUCAAUUCGCCGGACGAUGAUUCGAGGCCCGUUCCGGCGGGAUUGCCGAAACGCGUGAAAAAUGUACAAGUGUCAUCUGUGCAGAAGAAAUCAGUAGAACCAUCAGGUCCACUUCCUACAGCGGCUCCGGCUCCGCCUCCCAAAGCAGCAGCACCUAAACCGCGCGAAAGUGCACCGCCGAAGAAUACACAACCAUCUGUACCUGUCAUUUCUAAGGUCACAUCUCUCUCUCCGAUGGUAACUCGUACUCGUGGCAGACCGAAAAGUGGAACUGCUACGGAUUCACCGUUGGGAAAUUCAUCAGAUUUCUCCAGAUUUAUGGAUGCACAACCUCGAGUUGUACUCCAACGCACUGAAUUGUCCCAUUUGCGUCCUCCAUCGCCACCACCUGCCCCAGUAGCAGCACCACCACCCCCACCACCCACAACACGUCAAACCCAACCACCACCACCAACACGCCAAUCACGGCCAACAAUCCGUGUAUCCUCAUCAUCGAAGUCAGUCCAGACGGUGGCUCAGCCUCCGCCACCGCCACGAGUUGAGCACAAGACCCAAGUCGUUACGGUGGCUCCACCACCCAAACCAGUGGCUAAUAUGUCAACAUCUUGCAAACCCCUUACCGUUUCAAAAGGUAUUACGUGUCGUCCAAAAACUGAAGAAGCUGAAUGUCAAACGGAGGAUCAUCUACAGAGGAAAAUUGUUAUUCCAAUUCCGGUGCCGAUGUAUGUUCCUGCUCCAAUGCACAUGUACUCCAUGCCCAUACCCAUACCAGUUCCCAUUCCCAUUCCAAUUCCCGUGCCCAUCUUCGUGCCAACAACACGAAAUUCAGCGUCGGGUAUUAUGAAGGAAAUCAAGAAGAUUCAGGACAAAAUGCCAACGGAUCCCUUCGAGGCAGAACUUCUCAUGAUGGCCGAAAUGGUGGCUGGGGACAAGAAGAAGGCCGAAAGUGACUCAGAAUCAGAUGCAGAUGAUGCAGAAGACACCAGCUUUGCCCCAGAAGCCAUUGAAACGGGAAAUGCUUUUGGGGAAGAUAUGCUUCAGAUGGCACUAAAAAUGGCAACAGAAUACGAAGAACCGGCUGUUGAUUUGGAAUCUGCGAUGCAGGCCAAUACAAUUACACCAGGAGCUAAUCCCCAUCUUGGGGACAGUGUCAUUGAGCAGCAUAACACACUUCAUCAGCAUCAUCUCAUGUUGAUGGAGCAACAAAGUAGACAAGCUGAAAUUGCAGUUGGAAGGGGUCGAAAACGUGCAACACCUGCAAGAAAUACAAGGCCAGCACCUGUGAAGCGUCAGAGGAGGAAUGAGAAUGUGGUGGUAUCUCCUCCACAGCCAGAACCACCAAGAGAGCCAGCUGAGAAGCCAGAUGCUAAUAUGUGCUUGAAGUACACAUUUGGUGUAAAUGCUUGGAAGCAAUGGGUAAUGUCGAAAAAUGCAGAUUUGGAGAAGAGUACACUCAGACGAAAACCAUUCAAGUCGGAUUUGCUUCAGUUAACUGCUGAUGAAUUGAACUAUUCACUGUGUUUAUUUGUCAAAGAAGUACGAAAGCCCAAUGGAAGUGAAUAUGCACCGGAUACAAUUUACUAUCUCGUCCUUGGUAUUCAGCAGUAUCUUUAUGAAAAUAAUCGAAUUGACAACAUCUUCACUGAUCCGUACUAUGAGAAAUUCACAGAUUGUCUCGACGAGGUCGCGAGGAAAUUUUCAGUUCUCUACAAUGAUUCUCAAUAUAUAGUGACUCGCGUAGAGGAAGAACAUUUGUGGGAGUGCAAGCAAUUGGGUGCACAUUCGCCCCAUGUCCUUUUGAGCACUCUCAUGUUCUUCAAUACGAAACAUUUUAAUCUCACAACGGUGGAAGAACAUAUGGAAUUGUCCUUUUCGCACAUUAUGAAACACUGGAAGAGGAAUCCAAAUAAUCCCGGGGCAGCUAAAUUGCCUGGAUCCAGGAAUGUCCUACUGAGGUUCUAUCCGCCUCAAGCAAAUGAUGGUAACAAUCGCAAGAAGAGAGUCUAUGAACAGCAGGAAAAUGAACAAAAUCCAUUGCGAUGUCCGGUGAAACUCUACGAAUUCUACUUAUCUAAAUGCCCUGAGAGUGUGAAAACGCGAAAUGACAUCUUCUACCUGCAGCCUGAACGUUCGUGUGUCCCAGAUUCUCCUGUUUGGUACUCAACUCAAGCUUUGGGCCGAGAGGCACUCACCAAGAUGCUGCAUCGUGUGAAAAUGGUCAAAGAGAUCAAUAUUGCCCUUCUCACUAGCUAAGCAGUAUUCCUAAUAAGAUUUGUGCAUGAUGGAGGGAGGGAGAUCUCUCGUGUGCAGGAAACAUGCGGGGCACUCGAUAGACGAAAAAUAUCGAACAGUCAGUUGAUUGUGUUUUGUGCAAGAUAAAAUGAUUUUUAGCCAUAUUUCAAAGUAGAAUUCACUUUUGCUUUCCAAUCAAAUGACGCAGAGACAAGCACAGAAUUUUUAAAAAAAAAAAGAAAAUGGGAAAAUGAAAGAUGAAUAUUAAAAAGAGAGAAGUCUGGAAUAUUUUAAAUGUUGUAAAACAAAACAAAAAACAGACAAGGACGUCAGGAAGAUUCAUGAAAUUGUGUGAAAGAGUGGUAAGAUUUAGGAUGUGGGGAGGAAGAAAAAAAACACUUUCAUUAUACAAUUUAAUAUGUAAGGAAGUUGAAUUAAUAAUUUCAAUUUAAUAAUAAAAAAUUAAACAGUGAUUCAGGUGUAAAA